AUGCUUGCGACGGUGUCUGCUCGAAAAGAGGAAGAUUGGGAGAAUUAUAAAAAUCGGUUUCUUGCCAAAGAACCGAUGAGUUCCACAUUUAUUUCGGCUGAGCAUUGGGUCCCCUAUUCUUCAUUCGGUUCACCUAUUCUUCCUACAGCUUCGAAGCUUGGCGCUUCUACUACGUCAACUACUACUACAGCUACAGCUACUUCGAUUCCCUCGCUUGAAUCGAAGCCAUCUUUCUUUGAAGAGUUCGAAAUUGAUCCCGAGAUCGAAUUUGUUGAAGGUUCAAAGGAGGCAGUUAGUCGUCGUCUUGCCCUUGAUUUGCUAAACUCCAAGAAGAUCUCGAAAAAACUCAAAAAGCGUGUCGUGAGAAAAAAUUUAGACGAGGUCUUGGCUGAAAAAACCGUCGACAAUCACUACAAAUGCGGACGCUUGAUGGUAGUUAACGAUAUCAGCCUGUCGAAAGCCGCGCGAGUUGGCGACUGUACGUACACAUUGAAAAAAGAGUUUUCGUCAGUGCAUUCUGAAGAUAUACAGCUGCAUUCCUUGGCGACUGUAAGCUCGUAUGUGAAUGAUGAGCCGUCUGGGCAAAUGAUAUCGACGAGCUUUGUAUCGGUCUCGGUGCAGAUGCAGCAAGAGCAUUGCUUAUGGUAUUUGUUCAUGGCUUCUGACCAGAUAGAAGUUGAAGUGCAUUCACCAGAGCAAAGAGUCAUCUCGACGACCUCCUUGGAGAUGCAUCCAUCAGCUUCGACGUAG